GGUGCGGCGCAAGAGUCCCGGCGGAGUCUCAGUCGGUCCGUGGCAGUGGCGCUCGCAACCCGUGCGCUCCCAACACAUCGAACUCGCAUCGAUCUUUAUUACGAUAACUAUUCACACUGCGAAUCUGAAUAGUGAUUUUGAACUUCCAAGUGAACAUUUGUGACGUGAUAGUAAAACUGGACAAUUUGAAGAAGAGCAAAACAAAGAUACAAGUGUAGAAAUGAAGGUUUUAACAGUUGAAGAUAAGGUGGCUAGUGUCGGGAACGAGAAUGAGCCUACUGUUGAAGUGGAAGCACCUAAACUGACUAAAGAGGAUCUGAACAGGGGAUGUCCUCUCGGCGUAUCCCGCAUCACAAACCAGCUGUACGUAUGUGGAGCCCACGCGCUUCCCGGCGCUGUCAAGGCUCUAAGGCCUGGCCUGAUCGUCAGUGCAGCCCCAGAACUACCCCCACCUCCAGAAGACUAUGUUCCCAGGCAUUUUGUGCCGCUGCUGGACACACCCAACUCUGACAUGCACCCUUACAUGGAACGCGUGGCUGACCUGAUCAAUGAGGUAGCGACAAAAGGCGACAUUGUUCUAGUGCACUGUGUGGCAGGCGUGUCGCGAUCUGUCACGCUCUGCCUGGCGUAUCUCGUCAAGUGGCAGCGCAUGACCCUGAGGGACGCGUACCACCACAUGAAACAAAGACGACCACAAAUCCGACCAAACACUGGGUUCUUCAAACAGCUGAUCAAAUACGAAGAACGGUUGUUCAGCGAAGCCUCCGUGAAGAUGGUCUACUGUGAAGCCAUCGACAAGGAAAUUCCUGACGUCUACGAACCAGAUUAUAGGGGGAUGACAUGGUUCCGACAGCGGUACGGGCCUAUUGAGAAGAGUUGAAUACGGGAGAGGCAAGUGCUGAUGUAUUCAUAGACUUAGAUCUAGAUAAGUUUGAUGACACAAUGUCCUGAGCAAAUUCUAAGUGAUUGGCUUUUGAAAUAUACUGCGUUUACGUGGCUUAUCCUCCGCGUCAACAGACUUCGAAACUUUUGAAAUAAAAUUAAGAUAGGAUCGAUACAAACAUAAUAUUCAAACAGACAAGCUGUAACAGUGAUCUGUUUUAUUUUCACUUUAUCUACAGGUUUUGCACAUUUUAGUUAGAUGUGUGUGGGUUCAAUUCUGAAGUAAAUGACUAUUAGGUAGUUUAUUGGCGCGGACUACACAAAUCCUACCACAUGAACCAUAGCAGUUGAAGUCACGUUUCAUUUUGUUAGAAAGUUCAUACACGUUUGAAAUUCUUGCAAUGAAGCAUCAAUCAACUCAGUUCGUGGGAUCCGAGUAUCUACAAGACUUGAGAAAAUCUCGUAUUUAGAUUUUAGGCGCACAGUAAAAUUUAGAUCUAGGAAGGUAAACAUAACCUUCCUUCUGGCGCAGUCGGGUAAAAAAGAAGAUAUUUAAACGGCCGAAUCACUGAAAUGAAACUGUAUUAAUAAAUCGGAGUUAGUAUAAGAAAGAGAACUGAAGUAUGUGAGAUAUUAUUUAAGAGUAAUUAAUAACUUAUGGAUUAUGCAAGGGGAUGGAUGCAAGCGAUGAUAAAAGUAAGUUAAUAAGUUUAUAUAAAUGACUGCAAUUUAAAAGAAAAUAGUGAAAGAUCGAAUGAUAGGUAAACAAUUUGAAAAAACCAGAUUUAUAACUGCUAAAUUCAUUUUAUAAUAACUAGGUACUUUUUAAGAAUUAAAAAAUAAAAUCCUAUAAAAAAGAUAAUGUAAUAAUUACUAGCCUACAUGUAAAAUGUCUUUAUCUUAAAAUACAUUAUUUAUUGUUACUAUUAAAAAACCAAAGCCACUAUUAUUUGCAUGUUAGUCAACUUAACAAAAUCGAUAAUUUUAAAAUGUAUAAAAAGAUUUAAAAAUUACAUAUCUACUGAUAAGAAAUGUGAUAAUUAAUUAUUUUAUAUGUUAUAUUUAAGUGAUGUACGUUUAUAUCAUUACGUUAUAAUUAUAAGUGGGACCAAAUAAACAUA